CAGGAAGAGGAAGUACUACACCUCCACCUACAUCACAUUUACUUCAGUCUGAUGCUCAGUCAGUCAGCAGCAAGACGACAUGGAGGUCACAGCUCUCUGCUUCAGACUGAUGGUGAAUGUGUUGUUGCUGCUCACUGCUCAGGCUCAGAAGUCUGACAGAGUUUUUCUUCGUAUUGAACCAAACAGUCAGCAGUUCUUUGACUAUGAACCCAUCUCAUUAAAAUGUGAAGGGACCCACAGCCCAGCAGAAUGGAAAGUGAUGAGAAGGAUUACCUCAGAUAUUACUGAGUGUGAGUCGUCUACAGGAUCGUUGGAUAUUCCAGCUGCCUUUGUCUCCCACAGUGGAGAGUACUGGUGUGAAAAUGCAGAGGGAGAGAGAAGCAACACUGUCAACAUCUCUGUCACUGGUGAUGGUGUGAUCCUGGAGAGUCCUGCUCUGCCUGUGACAGAGGGAGAUGCUGUUACUCUGCGCUGUAGAAGGAAGGGAAGUUCCUCUGACCUCCCGGCUGAUUUCUAUAAAAAUGGCCUCAUCAGUGGGACUGGAUAUACAGGCCAGAUUACCAUCCCCAGUGUUUCCAAGUCUGAUGAGGGGCUGUAUAAGUGCAGCAUCUCUGGAUCUAACGGAGAAUCACCAGAGAGUUGGCUGGCUGUCACAGCAGCAAAUACCACACCUUCCACACCUCAAGAGAGACAGACUCACCCAAGUCAAGAGUCUCCUCCUAACCACCUUGGCUUAAAUCAGCUCUCCAUCCAGUUAUCAGUUGUCUUCACCAUUUUGUGUGUGGCUGUGCUGCUGUUGGUGAUGGGACUACUUCACUGUCGCAAACAAAGAGUUGCAUGUUUUUCCUCUGAGAUGCCAAGAGGAGGCUCAGACCCAGCUGUAGCUGAUCCACACAUGGCUACAUAUGCUAAUGUCACAAACGACACAAGAAGAAGAGGUUGUCAAGAGGAAAAUGUAUCUGACCCAAACAAUGUAACAUAUGCUGUUGUCAAUACAAAGAGGAAAGAGAGAGUUUCUAGAGAGGCAGAUGUAUGUGAUUCAGUCAAAGCAACAUAUGCUCUUGUACAAAGGACAUAGAGAGGUCACUUACAGCAAAAACACCUGACUGAUGGAUGGAGCUGUUACAUUGUUGUGCAAGGAUAUGCAUCCAUACUGUGGGCUGCUACAGUAAUUUGUAGCUUUUUCAAUUAACAUGUUUAAAUAUUUUUUGAGAUACAUAUUAAAGUUAAGAUUAAAAUAUUCAGUGAGACUGAACUAUGUUUAUAUCUGUUAGCCUGUGUUUAGUUUGUGUAAUGAUGCUUGUUGUGUAGCUGAUCUGUUUGGUUUGUUCUUGCCCAAGAGUUGCAUCUUUUUUCAGUUUUUUUUCUCUCUAAAUUUGCUUUCAUAUACAUUUAUGACUUCAGAGUUUUCUAAAGAGGCGUGCUGGAAAAAUGAAUGUAAUGAAUCAAUGAAGUAAUUCAACAAAGUAAAUAAAA